AAAACACCCCGUCAGGAGAUGAGCGCUCGCGCUGCUCUCCGCGCUCGCAGCGGCCGACUGGGGAUGACGGCGGGCAGGAAGACACUGCAUCCGAAGGGACACGGACGCGCAGCUUCGCUGGCUCGCCGCAGGCCGCCCCUUGCAUUUUUGUUUUAAUUUUUAUGGCCUUUUUUCUUCUCUUCUUUCCCUUCCUCCCGGUUCCAGUAGAGUCAAGGAAACCCACAAAAUAAGAAAGGAAGCGGGCUCCGGAGCUUGGAACCCCUGCUGCCGGCGGGUCCCGACCAGCAAGGGGGCUGGAGGCAGCACGCACCAGUUGCCCGCCUGGUGCGCGGCACCUUCCUUACUUUUCUCGGUGCCCCAAUCCUGGCUGGGGUUGGAUUGGGGUUUUUCCCCUCUUCUCGUACUUGCUGAAUCUCCACAACCCGGCUUUUUUCUUUUUCUUUUUCUUUUUUUUUUUUCUUUUCUUUUUUUUUUUUUUUCCUCCUCUUUCGGGAGCACGAAUCCAAACAUUUUCCAAACCAACAAAGAAAAGUUCGCACGCUGGCAUCGCGGCCGGGACCGGCUGGCGCUGCUGCCGGGUCCCCCUCCCUCCGACACUUGACUCAACCUUGCAAGCAAGUGUAUGUGUGUCCCCACCUCCCGCCCCGGUAACUUCCAGAGCGAAUAACAAAUACCCAUAAAGUCCCCGUCGCGCAGCCCCUCCCCGCGGGCAGCGCACUAUGCUGCUCGGGUGGGCGUCCCUGCUGCUGUGCGCGCUCCGCCUGCCCCCGGUCGCGGCCGGCCCCGCCGCGGCACCUGCCCAGGAUAGAGCCGGGCAGCCUCGGGCUGCUGCGGCGGCCGCCCAGCCCAGCCGGCGGCAGGGGGAGGAGGCGCAGGAGCCGGCCGAGUCCCCCGGCCACCCUCACCCCCUGGCGCCGCAGCGCAGGAGCCGCGGGCUUGUGCAGAACGUCGACCAGCUCUACUCGGGCGGCGGCAAGGUGGGCUACCUGAUCUACGCGGGCGGCCGGAGGUUCCUCCUGGACCUAGAGCGGGAUGGUUCGGUGGGCGCCGCUGGCUUUGUGCCCGCAGGAGGCGGGCCGAACGCGACCCGGCGCCACCGGGGCCACUGCUUCUACCGCGGCACGGUGGACGGCAGCCCCCGCUCUCUGGCUGUCUUUGACCUCUGCGGUGGUCUCGACGGCUUCUUCGCGGUCAAACACGCGCGCUACACCCUGAAGCCGCUGCUGCGCGCGCCCUGGGCGGAGGCGGAGGCCGGGCGCGUGUACGGGGACGGGUCCGCGCGGAUCCUGCACGUCUACACCCGCGAGGGCUUCAGCUUUGAGGCCCUGCCGCCUCGCACCAGCUGCGAGACCCCCACGUCCCCGCCAGGGCCCCGUGAGCGCCCCCCGGCGCACAGCAGCCCGGACCGACGCUGGGCGCUGGCCCCGCAGCUCCCGGACCAGUCAGCUCCCUCGUCCGAUGGGAGUCAGGGACCACAGACGUGGCGGCGGCGGCGGCGGCGCCGCUCCGUCUCCCGGGCCCGCCAGGUGGAGCUGCUCCUGGUGGCCGACGCGUCCAUGGCGCGGAUGUACGGCCAGGGCCUGCAGCAUUACCUCCUGACCCUGGCCUCCAUCGCCAACAAGCUGUACAGUCACGCCAGCAUCGAGAACCACAUCCGCCUGGUCGUGGUGAAGGUGGUGGUGCUGGGCGACAAAGACAAGAGCCUGGAAGUGAGCAAGAACGCGGCCGCCACGCUCAAGAACUUUUGCAAAUGGCAGCACCAGCACAACCAGCUGGGGGAUGACCACGAGGAGCACUACGACGCGGCCAUCCUGUUUACUCGGGAGGAUUUAUGUGGGCAUCAUUCAUGUGACACCCUGGGAAUGGCAGACGUUGGGACCAUAUGUUCUCCCGAACGCAGCUGUGCUGUGAUUGAAGAUGAUGGUCUCCAUGCAGCCUUCACCGUGGCUCACGAAAUUGGACAUCUACUUGGCCUCUCCCAUGACGAUUCCAAAUUCUGUGAAGAAAAUUUCGGUUCCACAGAAGAUAAGCGCUUAAUGUCUUCCAUCCUAACCAGCAUUGAUGCAUCCAAGCCCUGGUCCAAAUGCACCUCAGCCACCAUCACAGAAUUCCUGGAUGAUGGCCAUGGCAACUGUUUGCUAGACCUGCCACGCAAGCAGCUCCUGGGCCCCGAGGAACUCCCGGGACAGACCUACGAUGCCAGCCAGCAGUGCAACCUGACCUUCGGGCCCGAGUACUCGGUGUGUCCCGGGAUGGACGUGUGUGCCCGCCUCUGGUGUGCUGUGGUGCGCCAGGGCCAAAUGGUGUGUCUGACCAAGAAGCUGCCAGCCGUGGAAGGGACACCAUGUGGAAAAGGGAGGAUCUGCCUGCAGGGCAAGUGUGUGGACAAGACCAAGAAAAAAUAUUAUUCAACAUCGAGCCAUGGCAGCUGGGGAUCCUGGGGGUCCUGGGGCCAGUGUUCUCGCUCAUGUGGGGGAGGAGUACAGUUUGCCUAUCGCCACUGCAAUAACCCCGCGCCCAGAAACAAUGGCCGUUACUGCACAGGGAAGAGGGCCAUCUACCGCUCCUGCAGUGUCAUACCCUGCCCGGCCAAUGGUAAAUCUUUUCGUCAUGAGCAGUGUGAGGCCAAAAAUGGAUAUCAGUCUGAUGCAAAAGGAGUCAAAACAUUUGUGGAAUGGGUUCCCAAAUAUGCAGGUGUCCUGCCAGGAGAUGUGUGCAAACUGACCUGCAGAGCUAAGGGCACCGGCUACUAUGUAGUGUUUUCUCCAAAGGUGACCGAUGGAACGGAAUGCAGGCCGUACAGCAAUUCCGUCUGCGUCCGGGGAAAGUGUGUGAGGACGGGCUGUGACGGCAUCAUUGGCUCGAAGCUGCAGUAUGACAAGUGCGGAGUGUGUGGAGGAGACAACUCCAGCUGCACAAAGGUGAUUGGAACCUUCAAUAAAAAAAGCAAGGGUUACACUGAUGUUGUGAGGAUCCCUGAAGGCGCGACUCACAUAAAAGUCCGACAGUUCAAAGCCAAAGACCAGACUAGAUUCACUGCCUACUUAGCCCUGAAGAAGAAAAACGGUGAGUACCUUAUCAAUGGAAAGUACAUGAUCUCCACUUCUGAAACCAUCAUUGAUAUCAAUGGAACAGUCAUGAACUACAGUGGUUGGAGCCACAGGGAUGACUUCUUGCAUGGGAUGGGCUACUCAGCCACGAAGGAAAUUCUAAUCGUACAGAUUCUUGCAACAGACCCAACUAAAGCCUUGGAUGUCCGUUACAGUUUUUUUGUUCCCAAGAAGUCCACUCCAAAAGUAAACUCUGUCACUAGCGACAGCAGCAAUAAAGUGGGAUCACCCACUCCACAGCUGCAGUGGGUGACGGGCCCUUGGCUCGCCUGUUCUAGAACCUGUGACACGGGCUGGCACACCAGGACGGUACAGUGCCAGGAUGGAAACGGGAAGUUAGCGAAGGGAUGUCUUCUCUCUCAGAGGCCUUCUGCAUUUAAGCAAUGCUCGCUAAAGAAAUGUUAGCCUGUGGUUAUGAUCUUCUGCAGAGACAACUGGAUGAUUCAUCACUGAUACAGCCGUGGUGAACACGAGGUCAACCGAAAGCACGGAAAGUCACACUUCAGUGUCAUUGUCAACAGGAGUCCGAUUAUGGGCAGAAUCUGCUCUCAGCGACCAAAUAAAGAUGCGCACUGCUUCAUGUGACAGUGGUGACCUUGGAAUAUAGAAAAACUUGGGAGUUAUUGAACAUCCCCUGGGCCUACAAGAAUACAAAAACACUGAUGAAUGUAGAAUCAGGGGACAUUUGAAGAUGGCAGAGCAGUCUCCCCCUUGUCACCUACCUCUUACAGAAUGUCUACAAAGGCAUCGUAAUCAUUUUCAUGCAUAUUAUUUACACAGUAGCUUAUUUUUACUGUUUGUAAAUACAUUCUUCCUUGGUAUGUCACUUUAUAUCA